AUGACGGCGUAUUCCCAUUCCCCGCGGGUACAUGCGGUCAAUCCGGCGGAUCCAGUUCACUCACCACACCACUCCUUCCACAGUUCUUCUUCCUCUCGCCUUUCCGUCCGUGACCUCACCCUCCACGAGUACCGCAAGCAACAGAACUCGCCCGCGCCGCAAGCCACUCCACCUGGCAGAACGCUACGGAGGAAGGCCGCCGCGUCUGGGCUGAAGGAGGUUGAGCGCGUGCCGCUGGUCUCGAAGACGCCGCUUUCGGCUUUCCGAGUUCCACCUCGUCCUUUACACAUUUCUCAGUCGACACACUCAUUGUUUGCGUACCAACAGCUCCCGCCAUCUCCUCCACACCAAGACGACUUGUCCGCAGACGAGCUCGUUCGGUCACAGUCUGCGGAACCAAGCCGGCGAAGCACCACAGCUGCCAAAGUACGUGAGUUCAAGCCGAUCAAAAGGCUGCCAAAGCCGCUGUCCUCAGGACGCGGCCCCCUUCCCAUUUCCCCUGCACCUCUUGCGUCCAUGACAUCAAAUCAACCGCGACUAUCGCCUCUACAAACGACGUCAUAUCCGUCGUUCGAAACUUCGAUACCAAACGACGACUCACAACCUACACCUUCAUCGGUUUCCCUUUCGAAAUUUCCACGACCACCGAAUUUUGCAGACCCUUCGCUCUCGCCGCCAAUCGAUGAGACUGAGCCUCCGCGCGUGAACACCAUCAGCUUCGCGUCAACAGCACCGGCCACACCGCCCGCGACACCCGCUGUUAUUCACUACCGUGGUGCGUCGUUCGAUCUCGUCAACCCACACAGCUCCCUUGUUUUGGACAACAUUGUUACGCCGUCGCGAGAAAUCGAUUCGAGUGAGUACCUGCCAUUGCGCUCGUCCGAAGACCCGCUUGUCUUCUCAGAGGUAGUUACAUCUCCCCCGCUUCCCGCAAACGCUGACAGCACUAGAUGGCUCCGAAACGCGCGCUUUACGGCGACCUUUCCUCUGCCUAUGCAUCUAUUAUCACCAGACGAGGCGACGAAUAUCCCCCCCUCACCGAACCUCGAUCUCCCGCUUCCGCCGACCCCAGUUGCUCAUAGUCCAGGACCUUCUGCAUUUGACUCGCCAGUCCUGAGCCCGGAAACUCGUGCUACCGCCUCGCCUUGCACAGAUCGAAGGCCCGCGAGCGACUCUCGUUUCUCCUUGAAGCAACUCACCCGGUCGCUUACGCAGAGGUUCUCCAAGGUCCCAGAGAAGGCGCAUGAGGAAGAGCUACAGGAGUUCUCUGAGUCUCGUGUCAGUCUUGCCUCGGCAAGCUUCGAGGGCGACUUCCCACGGCCGCUUGAGCGAAGUUACCGUGCAGUGACCCCCAGGUCGGGAACUUUACCAGAUGAGCCGAUCACGCCUAUCUCGCCUCUCGAUCAAGUGUUCCAUAUCAUGGACCAGCGGAGCUCACCCGCAUCCGUCGCGCAACAUCGAAACUUUGCACAGCGAGCCUUUUCUGCACCCUUGAGUUCUAUGGUGCCGGAUGAUUCAUCUGCCGAGAUCGGAAGAGCAGGCGAUCAACGCCGAGAUGCGUUAGAAUCCGACUUUGCAGCGAGACCGUACUACGAUGACCUUGCUUCGAUAUAUCCCAGUUCCUCAAUCUACACGAGCGAAAGUCGGCGUCAAUCAAAUGUUCCACGGAGCCUUUCGAGGAAUAGAAAGAGCAAUCCCUACCACGGGAGCAUGAGCGAAGGUGCAGAUGCGCUCGCUCGCGAGUAUAAGUCUGAUGCUUUGCUGCAAUAUCCGAGCUCUCAACGUACGAGUCGCCGGGUGUCGAGACCACUUGAACAAGAGAUGUUCCAACGCUCGCUGCUCCAGGGAGGCGAAAAGACAGACACUAUCAGCAAGUUUAUCGAUCAGUACGAAGGAAAUUACAGUUCUAACGCCUCACAAUCUCUGCUCAUCAGUACGCCAGAGGCAAACGGACAUCAACCCGCCCCAUCAGAACUUUACAAGGAGAUAACCGAAGCUGAGCGAGCAGAGACUACAGGGCUCACUUCUGGUCUUGGCCAAUUUCAGUUCGAAUUUGCUCAGCCGGAAUUCAGCAGUGGGAAUGAGAACCCACCUUCUUCUGUAGAGGUAGACCGCGCCGGUCCGGUUACGCUCGCGCCCCAUCCAGGCGUACCGCCGCCCAUACCCGCUCCGUUAGCACCCGCGUUCCAAUAUGAUGAAGAUUUCGAUUCACUGGGACGGUCUGGACCCUCAGAGAUAUCGUCGAAGUCUCCGUCUUAUGGAGAUACUCGGCAGCUUCUUCAAUUCUCUUCGCAACCAGCUAUUAGCCCCAAGGAUUCCAUGCAGGCGGGGCCGCUGGUUUCGUCCGAAUACUCUCAGCCAGGCGCUUCGUCGACCCCCUCAGAGGCAUUGGAGCAAGCGGAAGACAUUUUCGCAAAUGCUGGCAGUCAACCAAGAAAUGGAGGUAUUCCAGCGAUAUGGUCGAAACGAAUAUCCAGCCACAACCUAUUGCGUAGCAAAAGCGACGACGUCCUCGAUGAGGUUCAAGAUUGGGAAGAACUAGAGUCGUAUGGAUUGACAGGCUACGAGGACGAAGGACCUGCUGAUUGGGAAACCGUGGGAAACGGAAGUCCACGCCGUGGCGUUCGCUUUUCGGUUGGCGAAAGCCUCGCGGAUUACAGCAGCUCAGGAGGAAGCCACUCCAGCCGAGACAGUAUGGGAUUCUCUGGAUCAUUUCCUGUCUACGAAGAACCGCCCCUCGAGCCUGGCACGUUUCAAUACCGACACCCUGCACCGUUGCGCAACCAUUCGAAUCCUUUUGCUUCCUCUCCACCCCUGCUACCCGUCGGUGUUAGUAUGCCUGGUGCGACCCUCGGUGGUAUCGAAACCUACUUGCAUUCGAGCCCUCCAACUUCGUCAACGGUCCCUGCGUUUUAUGGAAGAAGCCCGGACACGUAUGGCAGCAGUACCCCGCGACACGAAUUCUUGCCGUUCACGCCUUGGGCGACUCCCUACGAGAUGAGUGAGAAAGAGACUCAAGAACUGCUUGCAUCGGGCCCGAACGAUGAGAUCCUGUAUGAAGUGGACGAAGAUGAUGCAGGUCAGGAUGACUCCUUCGAGUCCCAUGAGCGUUCCUCCAGUCCCAUGCAACCCAUGCGAAUCACCAUCCCCACUGGCACGACGACGGAUGGAGCGAGUAGUAAUCUAAAUACUCGUGAGCGCGAGAACUCAUUUGAUAAACUCACAAUGAUCGGGCCCAAGGGAAACUUGACUGGCACGCCUCAAGGAACGGGUAUGCACGACGCUGGGAGCAGCGUAGCUGACAAUAGCAGCCCUGGAGCCAUCCUAGACUCAAGCCCACUGGCAUCUCCUACAAGCAACCAAGAUGGAUAUCAGAUUUUCAGGUCAGCUGCCACUCGAAAUACCAAUAUGCACUCUGAAGUCGAAUUCGGUAUCGAUAGCUCGACUUCAAGCGUUGACUGUGAGGGCAACGGGUGCUAUGAAGCUCUAGAGCGCAGAGGUAGCGUGAAUCGCAUCGUACCAUGCGUACAUACACCUCCUGAUAUGCACAAGCGUGCACCAUCCCAGGCGACGUUAUUUCCGCAAGAAUCGCCGUUUCCAGAUCCUCCCCGCCGAGCUAGUCGAAUGUCAUGGGGGUCUCCAAUCACGCCUCGCGACCCACGUCGUCGGGGCAGCCGUGCAGCCGUUCCUGGACAGACGAAGCUCAGGCAGAUGGUGCUUGCUUCUAGUGCUCAGACACUGUCCUCGUCCGACCGCAGUAUAAACGACCCGCGCUUUUUUGGAGUAGAGCAUAGUGCCCGACCGUCCACCAGCAAUACCGACACGCCUUUGCGCCAUUGUGCCAGCCGACCAACUUUGCGAACGGUCUUUGCAAAUGAACACUCACCGCAUCUUCUCUGUCCUGAGCGUGCCUUGGACCCGGAAGAAGAAGAGGCGCGACGCAAGCUAUCGUGGAUCAUCUUCGCCAUGUUCUGCGUCCUCCCGCCGACGUUAAUUCUGUACCGCUGGAUGGGUGACACAGUCAUUAUCAACAUGACGAAGGGGCGUUUCUCGCACGUGUCAUCGAAGCCAAAGCGUAUUGCGCUUGGGGCGGGCAUCGCUGUCAAUGCAAGCAUUGUCGCAGCCAUCCUUCUGCCUAUUCUAAUUGCACAUGCUGCUGGGUCAUUGUGA